AUGUCUGACGAGGACGAUGAGAAUUUAUGUCCACUCUGUGUGAAUGUUUUGUCGAAAGAUGACAGAAAGUUUAGACCAUGUCCAUGCGGUUAUCAAAUCUGUGUAUUUUGUUUAGAACGUAUUAAAGAAACAGAUCAAAAUAGAUGUCCGGCAUGUAGAAAAACAUAUGAUCCCGAGAAGUUUACAUAUUUGUCAGAUUCAGAGGAUGAAGAUAGCAGUGAAGAUGAAAGACCUUCAAGAGGUAGAAACAAAUCAUCGAACCAAUCAUCGAGUUCCUCACAGAACAUUAACUCUUCGACCGACUCGGCAAAGAAACAACUCAACACCGUUAGAGUAAUUCAAAGAAAUUUAGUUUACGUUACAAAUCUUGCAUUGAAUGUUGCUAAGCCAGAGAUACUUAAAAAGAAUGAAUAUUUCGGUCAAUACGGAAAGAUAUUGAAAGUUGUUAUCAAUAAGAAUCAUAUUUAUAAUGUUAAUUCACCGCAUGGUGCAUGUGUAAGUGCAUAUAUCACCUAUCAACGAAAGGAAGAUGCAUUGACUGCCAUUCAAUCGAUUGAUGGUGCCACCGUUGAAGGAAGAACUUUAAGAGCAUCAUUUGGUACAACUAAAUAUUGUUCGUAUUUCCUUAGAAAACUACAGUGUAAUAAUCCAGACUGUAUGUACUUACAUGAAUGGGGUCAAGAAGACGAUAGCUAUUCAAAAGAAGAUAUUGCAGGUCUCAGUGGUGGAAAUCUUAGUAGUUCAACAUCUAAUCAACCAACAACUUCAUUAUCAAGUUCACAAUCUGCAACUUCUUCAUUCAAGAAAUCAGGUACUUCAAUACCAACUACAUCUACAUGGAAAGAUUCACCGGUUGCUUUAUCAUCUUCGACAUCUGCAACACCAUCUUUAAAUAUAUCAUCUUCUACUUUGCAAACUAAAACAUGGAAUACAACACCAAGUGCAACUACAACCAGUUUAUCUUUGAAUCCUCUGGAAUGGCCGUCUGCAGCAGAUUCCAUUAAUAUGACAUCGUCGUCAUCAUCUUCACCACCUCUCCCGCUUACCAAGUCACAAGAGAGAGUAUUGCCAGCCACUGCUUCAUGGGGAUCCAGUGUUAAAGCAUCAAUGUUGGCCAAUCCAAAGCUUUCGAGCAACGCUAUCAACACCAGCUUUCAAGACAAUAUCGAGGUUGAUCCAGCUCAAGCCGAGAAGGGUCUACAAACCACUUUCCCACCACUUUCAAACUCAUUCUCAAACAUCCCAAUCACAGUUAUCACCAAAACAAAGAAAGAUAAGUCCGCUGCCACUAGCUCUCCAACCUCCAAGAAAGAAGAGAAAGAGCAACGUGAAAAAGAACAACAGUUAUUACAACAACAACAACAACAACAACAACAGCUGCAACAACAACAACAACAACAGUUAUUACAGCAACAACAGCAACAACAACAACAACAACAACAGCAACAGUUAUUACAACAACAACAAAAAGAAAAAGAACAGCGUGAAAAAGAACAAAGAGAAAAAGAGCAACAACAACAACUGUUACAACAACAACAAAGAGAGAAAGAACAAAGAGAAAAAGAGCAACGUGAGAAGGAGCAACGUGAAAAAGAACAACGUGAGAAGGAACAACGUGAAAAGGAGCAACGCGAAAGAGAGCAGCAACAGCAGCGCGAGAAGGAGUUGCAAGAACAACGUGAGAGAGAACAACGUGAGAAAGAGCAGCGUGAAAAGGAAGAGAAGCUACUCAAGGAGCAACAACAACAGGCUUCUCACACCAAGAGCAUCUCCAUCGAGAACAGAUUUGCCAAUAUCGGUUUGAAUGAUAUCGAGCCAAUCUCUAGCUGGGAAGGUUUGAUUCCAGACGAUCAACACACCGAUAUCAGCUUUGACUGGUUGCCACUCAAGGGUAAUAGUCCACAGUCCAAGAUGAUCGACAUUCUCCUCAAGGAAUCACCAAUCGCACCCGAGUCAACCAGCCGUAGAAAGACUUCUCGUUUCGAAUUCGCCAAAGACCAAUCGAAAGACAGCAUCAACAAAGAAUCAACCAACAUCUCACCAACCUCACCCAUCAUUACACCAGAAUCAUUUUUAUCUGGAUUUAAAAGUGACUUCAAUACCAUCCCUAAUAGCAAUUUUAAUAAUAAUAAUAGUAGUAGCAAUAAUCUAUAUAAUAGUUUAAAUAGCAGUCUGAAUGGCAACAAUAACAAUAAUACUUUUUCAAAUAUACAACAACAACAUCCAGAUAUUCCACCCUAUAAUAUUAAUUUACAAGAUGUUCUCACACCUUCUUCUGCCACUGUCACACCAAUCACCUCUACAACACCAUCAUCAUCAUCAUCCAUUGAGGAUUCCCAACAAAAAUUCCGUUCUCUCUUCCCCUCAAUCAACAUCAAGUUUUCCUCCAACAAUAACAACCUGAACAACUCUGCCAAAAACGAGCUUUUCGGUGGUUCUCAAGUGUUCCAAGAUCCAGCGAUUCUCGGUUAUCGUUCAGAGAUCGACCCGAUCAACUCCAACUGGAAAUCCAACUCUGGCGGUCCAAACCUCAGAAAGUCCGGUACCACUGCCACCAGCUCCAUUUCACCACCACCAGGUCUCGAGUAUCCAAAGGCACCUCCAGGAUUUGUCACUUCACCUCCACCCCCACCCGGUUUCAUGAUGCACCAAGCCGCCGCUCCACCCCCAGGCUUCAACAACCCAAUGAAUGCAAUGAAGCCACCCGGUCUCGUUGUCGAUGACGAUGCCGACACUGCUGCCAGUCUGAAGAAAUCCAAAUCUGGAAAGCUCAGUAAGAAGGAAAAAAAUGUUUCAAGCGCCACACCGGAAAUUGACAUGUUGGCGGAAUUACAACAACAGCAACAACAAGCCCAACAACUCUUACAAAUGCAAUUUUUACAACAGCAACAGCAACAACAACAACAACAACAACAGACCAAUAUAUUACCACAUGUUCUAUUACAACAGGCUGCAGCACAACAACAACAGCAACAACAACAACAACAAAUUAAAAGAGUUGAUGAUCUAUUUUUAAAUUUACAGGCAAAUCAAGGUGGAAUGCCAAUGAAUACACCACCACCAGGUCCAUUGCCACUUUUCAAUCCAUAUCUCCAACAAAUGCAACAACAUCCCAGCCUCAAACCAUCGCCAAUGCCACAACAACAGUCACCACCCAUGCCACUACCUUUUCCCUUUAACUUUCCAAACUUUCCAAUACGUGGGCCACAGGGUGCACCACCAACCAAUAUGAAUAUUAAUCUAAUGAAUCAACAAGCUGCCGCUGCAGUUGCCGCUCAACUCCAACAACAACAAGCGCAACAACAAAAACUGAAUGCCGUUAACAACAACAACAAUAAUAAUAAUAAUAAUAACAACAUCAACAAAACCAACUUUAUGGAGUUUUUCAGUCAAUUUGAACAACAGAGACUCAACGGUAUUCCAAUGUCACCCGACGAUAUCAUUAAACAACAGCAACAACAACAGGUCCUCAACAGCACAGAGUCACUAGAGCAACAAGUUCAAAACACCGCCAAAGAGAGUAAGGUUUUUAGUUUGUUUGUUACAAAAAGAACCCAUUUAUCAUCAACCAUUGUUAAUUUAAUUGCAAUUUUCUCAACAUUUUGA